CCCAUGGCUUGGGCAGUCCUUCUCUUUGUUGUCGCCCAUUUUGCCUACGCCCGUUAUCUGAACCAUAAACGAACCCUCCCCCUUCCUCCCGGGCCCUCGCGUCUGCCGCUUGUGGGCAAUGUACACCAGUUGCCGCUUCAGUAUCAGCAGCGCACAUUUACAGAGUGGGGGAAGCAGUAUGGGGAAAUCGUGUUCGCGAAGUUCUUCGUGAGGCCGGCCAUCAUCCUCAACUCACUGGAAGUAGCGCAGGACUUGAUGGAGAAGCGCGGUUCAAAAUACUCCGACAGGCCACGCUUUGUCCUAAUUAAUGAACUGGUACGGUUCAAGCCCAUGGUGUUCAUGUCCUACACGGAUGAAUGGCGUCGUCAACGCAAGUGGUAUCAGACAGCCAUCCAGGCUAGGAAUGCAAUUGACAGCUACCUUCCCUUGCAACGCAGAGAGACGAAUAAGUUUUUGUUGGAUCUAAUUCAGACCCCGCAAGCCUUCGAGAACCAUGUCAAGAGGCAUGCACAAGCAUUUUUGCCAUGCUGCAGGUUCUCCGCUGCCAUGAUGAUGGAGAUUGCCUAUGGCCAUUCAGUAUCCUCAGUCGACGACGAGUUUGUCAAAUUUGCGGACAACGCCUUGACCGGCGCAAUCGAGGCAGACAGCCUUGUAGCGACCUUGGUCGAUUUCUUCCCGUUCCUGAGGCACAUACCUACUUGGAUGCCUGGUAGUGGGUUCAAAAGAAGAGCCUUUAUUGCUCGACAGCGCGUGCGCGAGAUGUUAGAUACCCCUUACGACAAAGUCAGACGAGAGGUUGCAGCAGGGACCGCAAAGCCAUCUUUCCUCACGUAUCUGCUCGACGAAUUGUCCAAGGACAACGAGAUCACCCCGGAAGACCAGGAAAGUAUCAAGUAUGCGGUCUGUCUGAUGUAUGGAGCUGGGUCUGACACGACGAUUAUCACCCUCCUUUCGUUCCUCCUCGCGAUGGUUCUGCACCCAGAGGUGUACAGAAAGGCGCAGGCCGAAAUAGACCGCGUCGUUGGCUCGGAGCGCCUGCCGGAGCUCGAGGACCGUCCUUCACUGCCGUACCUCGAGUGUGUUCUCAAAGAGGUCUACAGAUGGAACCCUCCCGCACCCCUAGGGGUCCCACACAACGUCACGCACGGCGACGUCUACCGUGACCACUACAUCCCCAAGGGCACAAUGGUUAUCGGCAACAUCUGGGCAAUGACACGAGACCCUAGCAUGUACCCCGAUCCGGAUACCUUCCUCCCUGAGCGUUUUGAGAACCUCGAUUCGGAGACGGCAGAACAAUGCAGCCCGCAUAGGAUGGUGUUCGGCUUCGGCAGACGGCUCUGUCCCGGCAAGCAACUCGGCGACUACAUCAUCUGGCUCGCCGCGGCGAACAUGAUAGCGACGCUCGAUAUCUGCAAGGCGCGGAAUGCCUCAGGAGAAGAAAUCACACCGGAAGCCGCGUUCGAUUCGGGUGCUGUCAGCCAUCCGAAGCAUUUUGAAUGCGAUAUCCAUCCGAGGAGCCAAAAGGUGGCAGACAUGGUCGUGCAACUGAAUGCGCAUACUACAUGAUGUACAUUAUGUCCUCUUUAUGGAUAAUGGGUUCAGCUGUG